CCCCUCCCUCGGGCCCCGCCCCCCGCAGCGCCGUGCAUGUGCGGCAACAACAUGUCGGUGCCGCUGCCCGCUGUCGUCCCCGCCGCGCGGAAGGCCACUGCUGCAGUCAUAUUUCUUCAUGGAUUGGGUGAUACUGGACAUGGCUGGGCAGAAGCAUUUGCAGGUAUCAAAAGUCCACACGUAAAAUAUAUUUGCCCGCAUGCGCCAGUUAUUCCAGUUUCUCUAAACAUGCAUAUGGCUAUGCCAUCUUGGUUUGAUAUUUUUGGACUCUCUCCAGAUGCACCAGAAGAUGAACCUGGUAUCAAGCAGGCAACAGAGAAUGUUAAAGCACUGAUAGAUCAAGAAGUGAAAAAUGGAAUUCCUUCAAACAGAAUAAUAGUGGGAGGAUUUUCUCAGGGAGGUGCUUUAUCUUUGUAUACGGCUCUUACAACACAUCAAAAAUUGGCAGGGGUCUUGGCGCUCAGCUGUUGGCUUCCAUUACGAACUACUUUUCCACAGGGCACUAUCAGUGGUGUCAACAAAGAGAUUCCUGUUCUUCAGUGCCAUGGGGACUGUGACCCUCUGGUUCCUCUACUGAUUGGUUCUCUCACUGUUGAGAAGCUAAAAAGUAUGAUAAAUCCAGCCAAUUUAACCUUCAAGACUUACUCAGGCAUGAUGCAUAGUUCAUGCAUUGAGGAGAUGAUGGAUGUAAAGCAGUUCAUAGACAAACACCUACCUCCAGUCGAUUGACAUGAUUUAAGAGGCCUUCUGUAUAAUACACCAGCAUCAGCUGUGGUUGUGUUUAAUAUUUUUCAUGUGCCCAAUCUGAAAGCAUUAUUUCUAUACCUGCUGUGUUACUACCGUAUUGCAAAUGUGUACCUACAAGGACUAAAUAGUAUAUGCUUACAAGAAAUGGCAAUCUUUUGAGUUUUAAUCAUUCAUUGGUGGGACUACAGAAAAUGAGGCAGCUACGUAACAUGUUAGGAAGUACCUGACUAUGCUAUUUUAAGACGGAGCUGCUUUUUGAUUGUAUAAUUUUUAAAGUAUUUAUAUGGCUACUUAAAAACCCAUUUUGGUUAAAUGAACAAUUUACACCUGCCCUGUUUGUUAUAUUUGGAACAUGAUUUAUUCCUGAUACAUACUGAAAUAGUAAGAAAUUCUGAUACAUGAAAAUAUAUUAGGAUACUCUGUUUAUGUAUCUGAAUCACAAAAUAUGCAACAUGUAAAACACAAUAGGGGUAUGAUGGGGGAAUAAAUAUUACUGAGUAUAAAGCUUUAGAUGUUAAUGAUUUAAACAUUUACUGCAUGUGAAAGGAGUUAUAUACAAAUAAAUAUGAAUUAGUAACUUCAAGUAUUAUGUUCUGUAUUUAAACCAUAAGUACAUAAGUGCCAUAUUGGGUCAGACAGAUGGUCCAUUUAGCACUGUAUCCUUUGAGAGUGGCAGGAGUAGAUGCACUAAUCCAACCUAGGUUUUAUUCUUAAAAAUAAUAUCUGAUAACAGAAUAGGAAAAAAUUCCCCCUCUCUAACAUCCAUCUGCAAGUUGUCAUUGUGGGGAAAGUAAGGGGGCUCGGUGAUUUUUUUUUUUUUUUCCCAGACACACAUUUACUGUCAUUCUUUGGGGUUGGCUGAGGUUAAUUUUUGUACAUUGACCUUGAAAACUGACACACAACAAAAAUAUAUUUUUGCGUUACAUAUUUCUCCCACACUUCAGGUCUCAUGGUUCUGUUUUGUGUACUUUACCAAAUUUAUGUUUAAGUGAUGCUGUAUUUUUGUAUUAGUAAUUGCAAGUAAUUCUAAACUUUGGCUUAGAAUAGUGAACUGGGAAACAAUGCACUUGCACACACUGUGUGUAUUUUUAAUAGAAUCAUCUGUGACAUUGGCAUUAACUAAUUUUACCUCCUAAGUGAUAUAGUAUACAUAUAGUAUAGAAUUGGAAUAAUUUAGACUGUAGCGAGAAACAGGCAACUCUUUCCUGAAUUGUAUACGCAUAUGGGUCUUCAGCCUUCAUUUCUAAAGAAAAUGCAUGACUUAACAUAUUGAAUACCAUUCUCCAGUCCCCUAGAAUAUUCCUAGAAUAUAUAAAAACAUGUCUUGAUAUAUACCUCUAGUGUGAAAGGUAUUUUUUAUCUCAUGGAAAUUUAACAUUUGCAGAAUUGUGGAACUGCUGAUGUAAGUUCAGCACUAGAUUAGUGGGACGCCAUUUCAAAACACUUGAUCAGAAACUAGAUGAGAGACCUUUUGGGCCAUUUAUUCCAUUUUCCUACUGUUGCCAGGUUCCAUCUUAUUUUACUUUAUGAAAAUUAUUCAAUCAAGUUCUCAGGCUGUGCUGAGUCUGUACUAGGAGCACUGUAUGAGAAUACCAGUAUGUUGUACCUGCAAAACACCUGUGUGCUAUACCAGUGAUGCUGUGCUUUGUACCUGUAGAGCAGAGCACUUUUCAAAGGAAACAAACUAUGCUUGCUCUCUGAUAUAAUAUCUAUGUUAAGGAACAUUUGCCAUAGUUGUCACUCAGGAUCACACCUUUGCACAUCCAACUUGACAUAGUUAUGCCAGCAGAAUUCUGUAGUGUAGAUUUAUCUUGGUAUCUACAGUUAAAAUAUUUUCUCAUGUCUAAUGCAUCUCACUGUUAACAAGCUGUUUCUCUUCCUUAUUAAUAUAUCCAUGUCCCAAGCUAUAUAGGGCAGUUUUCUAACUGGAGUGGCACACUUCAGAUAUUUAGUCUUUAUGUCCCUUCUGUAGCCAGUCUGUACAUAUCUUGAUACGAAAUCAGAAAUAAUUCCUUUGAUUCUAGUUACUUCCUUAGCAGAAAAACAAACUGAAGAGUCUUAUUUAUGUCCAGAUGGAAGUACAGUAUUCUAAUUAUAGUCACACCAAAGCUGUAUUGAGAAAGUGUCAUUGCUUUCUAGUUCAGAGUGCGAAUUCAGAAAUUACCUUGGCUCCUUUUGCCGUCAUCUCACAUUGCAUACUUGCUUACCAGUAUGUUCUCUACUUCUUUCUUUCUUUUUUCCAUUCAUGUCUGAAAUACAUCCCCAGGAGUGUCUAUGCAUGUUUCUAAUCUGUAGGUCCUUUCCUGUACUCCUUUCUGCAUUGUUUUCAGUUGAGUGUCUUAAUAUCAUUAAUAUACUAUAAUUUUCCUCCUUCAAAUGAGCAAACAUUUUAAAGUGAGACUAUUCCUCCCUCUAUUAAUCACAUUUUUCCAACAUUGAUACACUGCAGUCUAUUACUCUUGUUCAAGCUGGCAUAUGCCCUGGGUUGCCUGUUUCUAGUAACCAAGUCUUUUUGUCUUGAAUGUUGUACUAAAAAAGUAUUAAAUUUAUUGCAUGUAUUUUGUGCUCUAAUUUUAUCUAAAUAUAUAGUCAAAUGUAACAAGAUUUAUCUGUAUACUGUGCUGCUUUGCUGCUGCUUGUUAAUGCUUCUUUUAGCCCUAAGGGGCUGUAGUGACUAAAGCAGAUGCAAGUAAAUGUAAACUACUGCACUUUGCACUACUCUGGUCCUCUGCUCCUGAAGAAGAAAUCUUUUUCCAGUUCUUUGCUAGGGAGAACUGGAAGUUGCAGCUAAGGAUCGGCAGCAGUGCUGAUUAUUGCAGGUUUCCUAUAUCUUUCCUAGUUAACACAGCAUGUCUCUUGAGCUUUGGCUCUUUAUAGGUGCUGGGGUCGGGGUCAGACUGAGGAUGCUUUAGCUGCCACAGUUGCCUCCAUUGACUGACAUACUUUGCUAUGGGACCUCUACUGGAGAUGGCAUGUACCCUGGGCUGAAAAUGAGCCUGGACUGCCAAUUCUCAAUGUUUUAGACCUAUAGGAUUGUAGAUGUCAAAACCAUUAAUUUCUCACUUGCAAAAUUAGUAAUACCAGUUUCUAGAAUGUGUUUGUUCAUUUGAUUUUUUUUCAUUCUUCUCAUCCACAUGGAGAUGACUACUACAAAUACUGUUCAGUUGUUGAAAUCCAAGAGUAUAAUCUAAAUAUCUGUAGUUUUCCCCAACUAGUAAAGAGAGCUAAGUAUGUGAUUUCCGUGUUUGUGACUUAAUUUUAGAAAUGUACCUAAGUUUGACUUUUGUGCAAUCAAAAGUCUUAGACUACCACCUGAACAUGUUAUCUACUUGUUAAUAAAAACAAAUUGAGUUUUACAUCAUAGGUCAAAUCUUGCAGCCAUUACUGGGAACUUUGGCUUUUUGGGGCCUGUCAGAUUUAGCUUUUAGCCUUUUAUGUUACGUAAUUACAAUGCAGUAAAAGUUGCUAAAAAGUACUGAACACUGACUGGCAUUAAAGCAGCUAAUGUAUUCUCUAAUGAAGUAAAUACACUUCAUUACAACUGAUAGAAUGCCUCUUCAUCCAGAGGUGCCAUUUCACACACAAUGGAUAUAAUUUAAGAAUGUAUUGUAUAGGAUAUUAAUAAAGCCAUAUGUUUAAGCCUCUUA